CAAAUGCCCUUAAGAGCUUUAGGAGGAGGCAGAAGAACAUGAUUUUUUUCACAGAUUACUUGCCUCAUGCACUACUGUCAGGAUAUUGUGACAGUUUUAUAAAAAUAAUUUUAGCAUAUUUGCUCAAAUUUACCGACUGCAGCCUUAAUCAUUCGGCAAUUCUGAAAAUCAAUUUCCAUCCUUAAAUCGAGACUAUGAAGCUUUUGUAAAAAGAAAUAACACAUUCCUCCUCUUAGAAAAGUUGAAUUCAUAAACUAUAAAGUUCACUCUUUCUCUAUUUCAUACUCUCAGGAGUUUUGUGGCUGCAGCCUUAGUUGGUCUGUUAUGACCAGUAGCUUAUGGUCUGUAAUGUUAGCUAACUUUAGAUAUUGUUGCUGCUCAGCCACUCCUCUCUACUUGUGCUACUGUCAUGCAACUGACAAACCAUUUAAAUUACUUUAAAAGUAAAACAGUCUACUGACUCAAGAAAAUGCUGGAAAAUGCAUCCAUGCCAACAAAAGCUAGCCACAAUGCACCUCAUACUGUAUGUCACCCUGCAGCAUUAUAAUAGUUCAUGUUUUCUAUGGAGCAGCUGCAGUAAUUUACAUCACACUAACUAACUAGACUACAAGCUGACCCAGUAUAGCUCACACCUCAGUGAAUUUGGAUAUGUGCAGUUAAUAGGAUUUAAUAACAAUCCUUUCCUGACAACUUUAGUUUAACAGACAGAAAAUGGUGAGACAGAGAGAAUAAAGUGAGAGUGAAAACAGAGAAGUGUGGGGUUGGUUGCACCGCUCAAUAGAUUAAUCAUGCAUGGCUAGUUUUAUUUGGCCAACAGCUCGUUUACAGGGGGAGAGACGGCUGCCUGUCUCUGUUUCCUCUCAGCUAUGGGUUCUUCUGGAAGAUGGAUGCUCUGGAUCCUGUGUGUGUGUUUCACUGCUCUGGAGAAUGGUGAGUGGGACUGUGUAGCUACUGUCUUAAGCUUUGACACAAAUUCAGGAAGACAAGAUGAGAAAUAUUGGUCAUUUUGCGCACAAUGAUGUAGCUUCAAGUGUUUGAGGGAUCUGCAAAGUUACAAGAAGUGCUUGUCUGCGAUUCUUCACAUGGAUUUUGGUUUAAAAAAAAAAAAGAAUGUGUUAAUUGAAAUAAGAUUAUGGUGUUGACAUCAAUAUUUGGACAUAUGUUUGACUGUGAGGUUGCAUAUUUUUUUGACACACAUACUAAAAGUGCCUGUUCAAAAAAAGAAAAGAUUAUCGAUUUAAAUACUUUUUCAUACUAGCAAGGUUGUAUACAUAACAGGCUUUAAUUCUAUAUAAAACUUCAUCAAACUUACUAGAUAAAGAUUACAUUUGCAAAUAUUGCACUUAUAUCAAAGAAAGCCUGUGUUUUGAUUUUAUUUUAUUAUUAUUGUGUCACGCAUAAAUAAUAUGCGCAGCCGAAACGGGCUUACAAGACACCAUUAUUUAGAAGAUAAAGAAAAGACAAAGGCAGAAACCAGAGUAGCAGCAUACAUUGCAAAUAAACAAAUAAACCAUCCUGAUGUUUUUUCCAAGCUCAAGAAACAAAAGUAACCAACUCAUAGGCAUUAAAAUUAAAUAGCCAUUCCAUUUUGUCAUCAUCCGAGCAGCAAAACAUUUCUUGAUUUUGAACAGACAUUUCAUUUAAAAUAGAAGUUCUUAACUCAUCAUAGCCUAUAUUUGUCAUAUUGAGUGCCUUGAUUUUGAAGACUCUAUACAGACUGGUUGUUUUAGAAACUGGUGAACUACAUGGUGACAAUGUUGUGAAUUGACGGUAUGUUCAUCCCCGUGAAGUGGGCUGUUGUUCCACUCAGUCUGUGAUCGGUUUGGCUCACUCUCAAAGCUGUCAAGUGUAAUUAACAAACUAAUAUGCAUGCUGAAUUCCCACACACACACACAAAAGGCCUGGGGAUGACAUAGAGGAGGAGGAGGGAGGGGGUGGUUCAUUAUUUCAGUAAUGAAGGAGGAGAGGGAGGAGCGGUGCAGUCUGCACGUCAACAGGGAAACUAGGGGAGUUAAAAGCAGAAUAAAAUGUGCAGGAAUUUAAUAAAUUAAUGAAAUGUGUCUGGUAUUAUGUGACAGAUAUGACGUGUCUCAUUUUUGUUUGUCUUUUCCCAACAUGGUGAUUGAUCACACAGUUGCACUCAGGGUAACCAUGAGGGAGUCCAGUCUCAAUGUGAUUCAAGGGGAUGUUGUCGUCCUGCCCUGCUCCUUCUUCACCUCCAGCCCUCUCUCCAGACUCAACGUUAUCUGGACUCUGGCUCCCUUCUCCAGUCCUGAAACCCCAAUACAGGUGAUUGUGUACGACCAUGGACAGGUGAUUGAAGACCCCUCACUCAUUGGCAGGGUGGGUUUUACAGGUAUUCCCUGGAGUGCAGAUAUAGUCCUGAAUGACACACGUGUAUCAGAUGCUGGUACUUACCGCUGUAUGGUCAAUAACCCACCAGAGACGGCAGAUCCCGGCAUAGGAGAGCUGGAGCUCAGUGUUCUGGCGGCACCUUCGCUGCCCAUGUGCCAGUGGGACGGAGAUAUUGAUAUGGGAGGAAGUGUCACACUGUCCUGCUCGGUCGUGGAGGGCGUCCCCACUCCAGAGAUCCGCUGGGAUAAACUGAAUCCAGAGGAAGUCGCCCUUCCAAUCAACAUGGAGGGAGAUCUGUCAGGCGCCAUCCAAAUUGUUAAUGUGUCAUCUCAGACGUCCGGCCUGUAUCGCUGCUCUGCCACUAACCUCCUGGGAACAGAGAACUGCUACGUCAACCUGUCCAUCUACACCACCCCAGACAGUUCCUCAGGCAUACUGCAGGGUGUGCUGCUCACCUUGUCCAUGAGCUUGGUGUUGCUGGCGCUGCUGGCCCUCGUGCUGUGGCUCCAUCACACUGGACAGGACGGGAGGUGGAGGGAGGGGAAAGAAGAGGAGGAGGACGAGUGUUACAAUGAGAUACGGUAUACUCCGUCUCUGAUGAAGCGCUCGUUUGUUUGAUUUCUCAACAUCCACAGGAAUUAAAACAGAGAAAAAGAAAUGCUCCAAACAAAAGACUUCCAAGACUCUUUGUUUCAUCCAGAUAAUGAAUUUCUUACAGCCUAGCCAGUACUACUGUACCUACUGUUUUAAAUAAAUGCCCAAAUGUCCAA